AACAAUGGUUGGUGACAGCAUUUGUUAUCAUUUGAGAAGUGCAUAAAAUUGCUGUCAAUUUCGGUAAAAAAAAGGCGCUAAAUAGUUUUAUUCAUUUUCUACAAUUGUAAGUAAACUUAAGAAAAAAUGCCGAAAUCGAAAAAGUCUCGAAAGCAGAGACGUAGCCAAGAUGGGGAGCCAUCCGAUAGCAGUGAUAAUGAAUCAUGUAACUCCAAAUCAGAGGCACGACAUCGUAAACAAAAGAGCUCAAAACAUUCAAACAAGAAAAAUCGAUCUAAGAAUUCUGAUACAGACGAUUCAAGUAGCACUACUUCCAGUUCACCGUCGGCAAGUGAUUUAUCAGACUCUACAACGCGUAAAACAGGCAAGCAUUCUAAAAGACGUGAAAAAAAUAAUCAAAAACGUGUGCAUAAUGAUGACGAACCGGCGGAACGUAGGCAACGUCGGCACACGCAUAGUCGUGAACGUGAAGAAAUAAGUAGUGGAGGUGAGCCACAUGUUUCCAAAUGGGACAGUCCUGAUAGGCGAAAUCGCCAACGGAGCAGAAGUAGAAGCCGCCAUCGUCAGAGAAGUAGAGAACGUGAAAGAAGCGCACAACGUGAUGCGGUGCGGUCACACGGAGAUCGUAACGAUCGAGGAAACCGUACACGCAAUGAGUACGCAGGAAGAGAGCGUUUGCCGGACAGACAUGACACCAGGGAACGUUAUGUAAAUAGAAACAGAGAUGAACGUUGGAGAGGUGAUCGUGAACGAUUUAACGAACGAAGAGGACGAAGUCGCAGUCCACGUACUGAUAAAUAUCAAAAUAGAUCACAAGACAAUGAACGUUUUAAACGGGAGCCUAGAGAACACUCUAGACAACAAAACUCACCCGGCCGACGUGGACGUACAAAUCGCAGAAACUUACGAGAUGAUGACGGUAAAAACUAUGAAUGGGGAGGUAAACGUGCUGAUGAUAAAAAUGAUGAAGCACAAGUAAAAGAGGAACCUGUGGAAAAAGAGAAACCCAAUUUUGGUCUAAGUGGAGCGUUGUUAGAAGAUACGAAUAAAGUAAAUGGCGUUGUUGUAAAAUACGCUGAACCGCCAGAAGCGCGAAAACCUAAACGUCGUUGGCGUUUAUACCCAUUCAAAGGGGAAACAGCGCUACCUACAUUGCAUAUACAUAGACAAAGUUGCUUUUUGGUUGGAAGAGAUCGAAAAGUAGCCGAUUUAGCUGUAGACCAUCCGAGUUGUUCUAAACAACAUGCCGCGCUACAAUAUCGGCUUGUGCCAUUCGAACGCGAAGAUGGCACGCAUGGUAAACGUGUCCGGCUAUAUCUGAUCGAUUUGGAAUCUGCGAAUGGCACUUUUUUAAACAACAAGAAAAUUGAGCCGCGGAAGUAUUAUGAAUUAAUUGAAAAGGACGUUAUAAAAUUUGGCUUUAGUACACGCGAAUAUGUAUUAUUGCAUGAGAACAGCAAAGAAGAUCAAGAGGAUGAUGACGUAUUUGUUAAACCAGAACCGGAAGAUGUACCAGACGGACCAAACCCUUGAUAUUAAUCUGUAUGAAAAUAUGGGCCUGUGGCGCCAUGAGAACACAAUUAUCAUUGGAUUAUCGUAUUAAAUCUAAAUUUGUAAUCAUUGAAAAUAUCUAAGAACAAAUCGUAUAACGUAAAUUCUUGAUUUGUUAUAUAAGUAAAUGCGCUAAUUCUGUUUAAAAUAAAUUUUCUCAUAUAAGAAUA